GGAAGCUUGAUUGUUAAUGUACCUGGAAAAUGAUUCAGUCCUAACUAACAGAAUCCUUCCGUUUUCUUCCCUCGCUUUCCGCCAGCGCUGCAAAUUGAUUCCUGGUCGUGGCAUCAAAGCGUAUGGGCUGAUUGACACUCUAGAAAUAUCUCUGACAAUACUCCAAUCUGUGCGCCCUAUCCUUGUACUGUUUGCCUCCUUUUCGGCUGAGUAUUAUAAGAUAGCGGGGGUAAUUUCGUUUCAAUUGUCCGGUUUCUGAGUUCAUGUUUGCCCAGCUCUUUGCUUGCUGUUCUUAAGCUGUCUUGCUGCUGCAGUCCUUUGAAUUGCUGAAAUUUGACCCAUCCGAAAUGGCUGCUGAGUUACCAAUCCUUUCUAUAAGGCCCGACACUAGACCAUGGACCUACCGCGUCACCGUAGUGGAAAAGCAAAAUGUACGCAGUGCCAAGGCUUCUCCCAUAAAAUUUAUGCCGAUGAUACUGAUGGACUCAACUGGGACCAAAGUUCAGGCGACUGCAUUCCAGGGGGACAUUGAAGGGAUCGACCAACGCCUUACUUUGUACUCUACCUAUCUUGUUUCAAAUGCAUAUGUGAAGACAAUCACCGACAUCCGUUUCUGUGUUGACAAUGCAUACCCAUAUGUUUGGUCGUUCACUCGGCGUACCUUGAUCCAAGAUGUUCCUGUUGAAGAGGGACAAGAUUUUCGCCAAUUGGCAGAGGCAGACACCACCCCUUUUACUGAGAUAUUUGCGUGUUAUAUGCAUAGUGAACGUAUUAGUAAGUUUUUCUUUUCUCACCAUGUGUUCUUUCAGUUCCC